ACCACACCGACGCCGCCCAGGACUCGCACAUGUCUGCCUACAAAGACUUCCAGAAGGCGAACGACGAGUACGUCGCUAACUUCGGCGACAAGGGCAACCUACCCCUGCCUCCGUCGAAGAAGCUCCUUAUCAUCACCUGCAUGGACGCGCGUAUCAACCCGUACUUCCACCUCGGCAUCAAGGAAGGCGAAGCGCACAUUGUCCGUAAUGCAGGCGGUAUCGCUAAGGAAGCGCUCCGCUCCGUCGUCAUCUCGCAGCGCCUUCUCGGGACGCGCGAGAUCGCCAUCUUCCACCACACGGGCUGCGGAAUGGUGACGUUCGAUACGCCGCAACUCCGGGACAUCGUCAAAGAGAGCGCCCCCGGAGACGCGGAGCUCGCGCAGGCGGUCGAUGACAUCGACUUCCUCGAAUUCAAGCAUCUCGAGGAGAGCGUGAAGGAGGACGUCAGGUUCCUCCAGGAGAACCCGCUCGUGCUCCCCGGGACGAAGGUCACCGGAUGGGUGUACGAGGUCGAGACCGGAAAGAUCCGCCUCGUUGCAUGAAUGGGGCAGUUCGCCUCUCUUGUAACUCUUGCCAUCUACACAAGAUAGCAGUCAACACAACGCUUGUAUAUAUCACUAUGACGAACACGCUCUCCACUGCCAUAGGCAGAUCAUCACGAAUGC